AUGGCACAUAUCGCUAUUCCUAACAUGCAGCAUGUUCCACCGGUAUAUGUAGCGAAAGCACAACCUUUUACUACCCCUAUGCCUCACCAACUUCACUCCGAAGUGUAUCAGUAUCAGGAAGCAGAAAAAGAAGUAAGGGCCAAAGCCGACGAGUAUACGGCGAAGGAGAUCCGUGAGUUAAAGGAAGCAUUCAAAAGUUUGAAAACCGUUAGGAGUACGGAAGGUUUGGAGUAUGAGGAUCUAUGUGUUCAUCCCGACGUCGAUUUACCUACAGGAUAUAAAGUACCAAAAUUUGACAUGUUUGAUGGAAAAGGAAACCCGCGAGCCCAUUUGAGGUCGUAUUGUGAUAAGUUAGUUGGAGUGGGAAAGGAUGAAGCUAUCAGGAUGAAGCUUUUUAUAAGGAGUCUUACAAGGGAAGCCCUUGAUCGGUACACAAGUCAAGAUCCACAGAAAUGGCGCAGUUGGAGUGUCAUGGCGCAAGAAUUCAUGGACAGAUUCAGAUUUAACACCGAGACCAACCCAGAUAGAUUCUAUUUGAUGACGUUGGAGAAGAAAACAACAGAAUCCUUUAGAGAGUAUGCCAUGAGAUGGAGGGCAGAAGCAGCAAGAAUUGAUAAGCAUGCUGGGGCAUCGGAAGUUGUUAGGAUGGGAGACGUUAUAGAGGAAGGUCUCAAAUCUGGAAAGAGAACAAACUUGGCAGCACUACAAGCAACGAGUAAGGCAAUCCAGUCAGGAACUAUUGGAGGAGCAAGUAAGAAGAAUGAGAAAGAAGUAUCCGCUGUUAUGACCGUCCAAGACCGCAGGCCUAACCAAAUGUUAACCUACCAAAACCCAUUACCCCAACCUUCAUACUAUAGCCUAUACACCCAAACUCCUCAACCUUAUUACCAACCUUCGCCCAUUCCCUAUCCUGUUUAUAAUACCCAACCAACCUAUUAUCCACCCCGAGCACCCACAUACCAGAAUCCAUCACAUUACCAACCCACAUAUCCAUCUCAACCCCACUACCAAUCACAAAACCGCCCAAAUGCACCUAGACCUCGCCCGAGCUUUGAAAGAAAACCAGCCAAAACCUAUACACCCCUAGUUGAACCUUUAGCCCAGUUGUAUGAAAGGUUGAAAGCCGCAGGAGUACUCCAACCAGUCCCAGGAAGAGUUUCCGACCCCCUCCCAGGAUGGUAUGAUGGGACCAAACGUUGUGCAUAUCACUCUGGUGUGACUGGACAUGACACAAAAAAUUGCCUUACUCUCAAAGAUAAGAUUGAAGAGUUGAUCAAAUCAGGAACCAUUCAGCUUAAGGGAGCUCCCCCGAAUGUGAACAACAACCCUCUUCCAAAUCACGAUGAUACCGGUAUUAACAUGAUAUCUACUGAUGAGGAUUGGAAUUUGGAAGGAACAAUUAUACCAAUUGAAGGCGAGAAAAAGGUUGUGUCAUCUGCCUUCAUUGCUCCUGUCAUCACAGUGCAAGUGCGAGCACCAAUUGAGGUGGAGGUACUCCCUCCGAAACCCAGGAUCAUGGCUCUAGUUGCUCAGACACCCUCAUUUGAAACCAAAGCAGUUCCUUGGGACUAUCAGUCUGAUGUAAGGAACAAAGGAAAGGCAAAAUUAGUUGUAGAAGCUGCUGCUGCAGGUAUGACGAGAUCCGGCCGGUGUUAUGUUCCUGAAGAAGCAUCACGAGGAACUUCAAGUAAGGACAUCAACCAGAAGAAGUCCGUAACAGAAGCUGAAGCAGAAGAGUUUUGGAGAAAAAUGCAAUGUAGCGGAUACUCUGUUAUAGACCAACUGAAGAAGACGCCGGCUCAAAUUUCUCUCAUGUCAUUAUUGAUGAGUUCUGAUAGCCACAGGAAUGCUUUGGUAAAAGUACUCAAUGAAGCAUAUGUACCAGCCGAGACAACUAGUGAACAUUUGGAAACUAUGGUAGCCCAAAUUUUAGAAGCCCACAAGAUUUCUUUUCACGAGGAUGAAUUGCCGCCUGAAGGUCUAAGUCACAACAAAGCUUUGCAUCUCACUGUCAAGUGCAGGGAUAAGUUUGUUUCUAAGGUUUUGAUCGAUAAUGGUUCUGCACUUAAUAUAUGUCCUUUCACUACCCUCAAAGCUUUGGGAAUUGACAUUGGAAAAGUUCGUGAGAGUCAUGUGAAUGUUAGAGCUUUUGAUGGAGCGCAAAGGAGCGCUAUUGGUGAAAUUGACUUAGCAUUACAAAUUGGGCCUGUGGAGUUUAUCAUUGAAUUUCAGGUGUUAGACAUAUCUGCUACUUAUAAUUUGUUGUUGGGAAGGCCGUGGAUUCACAUGGCUGGUGCAGUCCCUUCCACUUUGCACCAGAACGUGAAGUUUGUGUGGAAUCACCAGGAAGUUGUGAUUCAUGGAGAAGCAAGCAAUCCCAUUUACCCCGGGAAUUCAAUCCCUGUCAUUGAAAGUGUGGAGAGGCUGGAUGGAGCCACUUUCCACAUUGAAGAAAUUAUGAUUGCUACUCGAGGCAAAGAGAUAAAGUUGCCAAGUGUGUUCGUGAUGGUGGCAUCAGAAAUGUUGAAGAAUGGCUUCGAGCCUGGUCGAGGACUUGGAGCAAGGUUGCAUGGAAUAGUGGAGCCAAUUCAGCUACCAGGGCAGAACAACACCUUUGGCCUAGGGUACGAACCCACUCCAAAAGAAGUCUCGGAGGCUCGUCUCAAGAAGAAAAGUGACAUUGUCCUGCCACAGCCUAUCCUGCCGCUAAGCCAGUCAUUCCCCAAGACAGUUACUAUUCAUGAGCUAGAUGAAGAUGCUGAAGACGACCUCGUUGAAGGAAUCAGGAACCUAUUCCUUGCCGAUUGCAAUGUGAUUCUGAAUGAUUGCACUGAGACACCAACUAUUUGGGAUGCCGCACCUGGAGAUGUUUUGAACAAUUGGACUUGUACCCCGUCCCCGGUUCGCCGGGAGUCUUGCAAACAAAUUAAUAAAAAUGCUGACACCGUGAAUGUGACAUGCAAUGAAACAAGUGAACAAAAUAACAAGCAAGAUCUUGAAGAAUAUGAAGAAGACGUGCCGCCUGCAGAAUUAACUAAAGAACUUGAGCAGUUUGAGAACAAGUCAAAACCAAAUUUGGAUGAAACAGAGCUUAUAAAUUUGGGGAAUUCAGAGUCUAUAAAAGAAACAAGAAUUAGUGUCCAUUUGACGCCAUCAGAAAAGGAGAAAUAUGUGGAUCUUCUGAGACAAUACGUCGAUGUGUUCGCUUGGUCGUAUGACGACAUGCCUGGUUUAAGCACCAAUAUUGUUUCCCAUAAGUUGCCAACGGAUCCAUCUUGUCCCCCGGUAAAGCAAAAAACAAGAAAAUUCAAAACGGACUUAAGUUUGAAGAUCAAAGAAGAAGUCUCCAAGCAAUUUAAGGCAAAUGUCAUCCGAGUCACAAAGUAUCCCACAUGGUUGGCCAAUAUAGUACCAGUACCAAAAAAGGAUGGGAAGAUCAGAAUAUGUGUGGAUUAUCGGGAUCUCAACAAGAUUUUGAUGGAUGAAGAUGAUGCUGAGAAGACAGCCUUUAUCACACCUUGGGGGGUGUAUUGUUAUCGGGUGAUGCCUUUUGGACUCAAGAAUGCAGGUGCUACAUACAUGAGAGCUAUGACAACUAUUUUUCAUGACAUGAUCCAUAAAGAGAUUGAGGUCUAUGUGGACGAUGUCAUCAUCAAGUCACGGAAGAGUUCAGAUCACUUGGUAGACCUGAAGAAGUUCUUUGAUAGGUUGCGGCGGUACAAUUUGAAGCUGAAUCCCGCAAAUAGAAGGGGCAUAGAGUUGGAUCCUUCAAAGAUAAAGGCUAUCCAAGACCUGCCACCUCCAAAGAAUCGGAAGGACGUGAUGAGCUUCCUUGGUCGCCUUAACUAUAUCAGCCGUUUCAUAGCCCAAUCAACAGUGAUUUGUGAACCAAUAUUCAAGAUGUUGAGGAAAGAUGCCACUACCAAAUGGACAGAGGAAUGUCAACGAGCUUUUGAUAGGAUCAAGGAAUAUUUAUCAAAUCCACCGGUGCUGGUACCUCCGGAACCUGGAAGGCCGCUGUUGUUAUACAUGUCCGUAUCAGAUAAUGCAUUUGGAUGUGUUUUGGGUCAGCAUGAUGAAACUGGGAGGAAGGAGCAAGCCAUAUAUUACUUGAGCAAGAAGUUCACACCGUAUGAAGCACGGAUGGACCCGCUCAAGUACAUCUUUCAGAAACCUAUGCCUACAGGAAAGCUGGCGAAGUGGCAGAUUUUGCUAAGUGAGUUUGACAUCGUGUAUGUUACUCAGAAGGCCAUCAAAGGACAAGCGUUAGCUGACCACCUUGCAGAAAAUCCUGUGGAUGAAGAAUACAAGCCACUUAGGACGUACUUCCCAGAUGAAGAAGUAUUAUUUGCUGGAGAAGACAUUUCAGAAGCAUAUUCUGGUUGGAGAAUGUUCUUUGACGGAGCGGCAAACUUCAAAGGAGUCGGAGUUGGAGCAGUAUUAGUUUCAGAAUCUGGACAGCAUUAUCCAAUCUCAGCGAAACUUCGGUUUCCGUGCACCAACAACAUGGCAGAAUAUGAGGCUUGUAUACUUGGGCUCAGAAUGGCCGUUGAUAUGAACAUCCAAGAGUUAUUGGUUAUAGGUGAUUCAGACUUGCUGAUUCAUCAAGUACAAGGCGAAUGGAAUACAAAGAAUACGAAAAUCCUACCGUACUUACAUUGUGUAAAGGAGUUGUGUAAGAAGUUUAUCAAGGUGGACUUCAAGCAUGUUCCAAGAGUUCAAAAUGAGUUCGCAGAUGCUUUGGCAACUUUGUCUUCCAUGAUUCAACAUCCAGAUAAGAACUACAUAGACCCCAUCAAGGUGAAUGUGCAAGAUCAGCCAGCUUAUUGUUUCCAUGUGGAUGAAGAGCCAGACGGGGAACCAUGGUAUUAUGACAUUAAGAGGUAUCUCAAGACAAGGGAUUACCCUGAAGGAGCAACCAGUACCCAGAAGAGAACGCUUAGGAGAUUGGCAAAUCACUUUUUCCUAAACGGCGAAAUCCUAUAUAGGAGGACCCCAGAUUUAGGACUGUUGAGGUGUGUAGAUGCUGGGGAAGCAACCAAGCUGAUUGAAGAAAUACACGCAGGAACAUGUGGGCCUCACAUGAAUGGGUUUACUUUGUGGGUAGAAGCCUCUUCUUACAAGUCAGUUACAAAGAAGGUGGUAGCAGAUUUUGUCCGCAACAACAUCGUUUGCCGAUUUGGAAUUCCUGAGUCAAUCAUUACAGAUAAUGGAGCCAAUCUCAAUACCAACAAGAACAUAAAGAAGAUAUUGCGGAAGAUGAUUGAUAACUACAAGCAUUGGCAUGAGAAGCUACCAUUUGCUCUCCUUGGAUAUCGCACUACAGUCAGAACAUCAACUGGGGCAACGCCUUAUCUUCUGGUCUAUGGAACUGAAGCCGUAUUACCUGCGGAAGUUGAGAUACCAUCUUUGAGGGUCAUCCAGGAAGCCGAGCUGAGCAAUGCAGAAUGGGUGAAGAAUCGGUACGAACAACUAAUGCUUAUUGACGAGAAGAGAAUGAAUGCAGUUUGCCAUGGUCAACUCUAUCAAAAUAGGAUGGCCAGAGCCUUCAACAAGAAAGUGAAACCACGGCAGUUCAAACCGGGCAAAUUGGUUUUGAAGCGCAUAUUCCCGCACCAAAAUGAAGCCAAAGGAAA